AUGCCGCCCACCCACAGUCAAAAGCACGCCGUCGCUUCGGAGAAAUCAUUCUACACCCCAGGACUGGUUGCUGCCAGCGAUGGGAAUGCACGACCAGCGCAUGUCCCGCCGCAACAAUACGAUUCCUCUCCGCCCCCGACACAUGCCCAAGCUCAAGCUCAAGCUCAAGCGCAGGCCCUGGUGCAGCCUCCUCCGUAUCCGCAAAACAUCCCUCCUCAACACCAGAAUAAUCACCAUCUUCAGCCACAUGAUCUAGCUGCCCAGUUACCUGCUGCGCACGUCCUCGCCCCCAGCAGCGUGGCGUUUGGGCCUCAUGGCCCUGGCGUCGGCCCCGGACCCGGAGCUGAAGCAAGACGAGGAGACCACAAUCCUGCCAAUGCAAUGGAACCCAUGGCCUCCCUCUGGUGGCACGCUCGGACCACCCACGCCGUCCACGCUCGUCGCCAUCGGUGGCCAAUCCUUCCUCCCACCAACGCGGCCCACCAGCCGUUCUAA